UCAUCCGUGAGCUUGCUCAAUGAAGCCCAGCUAUACAUUCCGUUCUGUCGUCUCUAGUGGAAGGCGGCCGUCGGUAUGUCGUUGGAGGCCUGGGCCCUCGUCCAGAUGGACCUGAUAAGCUGCACGACUUCCAGUGGCGACCUCGAGGUAAGGCGGUGGCCCAAUACCAGUGACAUGUAUAGGGUGCCCCGCCGAGUGGCCCUCCAAGGCCCUCAGUCCACCCCCCGCGGCAACUCGAAUCGCUGACAGCCUGACACGGCGUCGUGGACAUGUCGGUGUCGUACGAGCCUUACAACAUCUCCUUCAACGACAAGGCGCCGCUCUUCUACUACCUGCCGUACCGAGGCGGCUCGGACAACGAUACCGUUCACGAGGGCACGGAUCACGACUGUUGGUACGCGAUCGAAACCACAAGCAGGGAGUCGUCUUAUACCACGUAUCUGGUCGGUGCGACUGUGACGCUCGAAUGGCAAGGCACGGCGAUUUGGCUAUUCGGGGAGGCGGACGAGGGGACGUACGUGGUCACGAGGAGCUGGAACGGCAGCGACGUCACGGGAGUGGGCUCUGCGUCUCGCGAGGGGGUGCUCUACACCGAGAGCGGCUUAUCGCCGUACGCGCUCAACACCAUUACGCUGACGGUGCGGGAGGGGCCCGUCACGAUCACUGGCGCGACUGUCACAGCGGGUAUGGGCGAGCCUGGAUCCGCCAUUAAUUUGACGACGAUUUCGACGAUUUCUCAGGGGCUGACGACGGUGAACCCGUUCUUCGUUGUGAACCCGAUCGAGGGGUGGUGGGGGAGUACGGCCGUGGGAGGCAACAUUGCGGACCCGGUGCUUAGGACGUCCCUCGGGGGUGCCUCCGUCUCUUUCGACGUCGCUUCGAGCGUGGGCUUCGCGGUCUACGGAGGAAAUUCCCCUGGAAACGGCGUGUACCGCGUGGACGUUGAUCCCCCGGUGUCGCAUAGCCCGAACACGAGCGGGGUGUACCAGUUUAACGCGACGACUCCCUGGGACGUCUACGAGGAACUUAGUUAUUUCGCCACUGGGCUAGACCGGACGAAGACCUAUACGGUCACCAUGACCAAUAACGGAAGUUUGCUGACUCUGGAUCAUGUCGUCUUGUUUGCUGCUAUCCCCCCGUAUGUCUCGCUGACCUUGCUUGGCAUCCUCAUCUUCUGCACGGCCAGUGCAUCCUCGAGCAGUUCCACGAGCUCGUCUCAUUCAUCGCAGAAUGGAGUGAGUGUCGGAGUUAUUACUGCAAUUAUCAUAGGAAGUGCAGCAGCAGCGCUUUUCGUGGCUUUUAUGAUCUUUGUACUUUUGCGUCGGCGUCGAUCGAAGGCCUCAGGCGAACGAACUGUCUAUCGCACCAGUGAGGACGUGCUCAUGACGUUCUCUAGCCCUGGGGAAAUCGCUGCCAUACUUCCGAACCCUUACAUGCAUUCCUACGCAGACCUUCCAUCAUCGCCGCCAGCCGAAGCGACAGACCGGUCUUCUCUCGCGGGCGUUCUGCACCUCAAAUCUGAGGCGGGUUCUUCGGCACCGGAUCCUCGCCCUGUUGGCGAGCCGCCGGCGCCACUGGCACAGGCCGUCAGUGGACCCACUGUAUACGAAGAUGCAGGCCCAGUGCCCGUCUCUCCGCCUCCGGUAUACAAUCCUGCGUGGAACAGUGGCUCUGCGAGGGAGGCGUGAAUAACACACCAGCAUGGUGCCGGACACUGUAAUACUUUUAAUUAUGAUCACGACUCUGCCACGUUCUGCACGUUCACGCCCACUUCCUCCGCCGUCGACGUACAUACUAUUGUCCAUUGAUAUUUACAUCUAGGGCGCAAAUGUACUCACGAGCUGCACACUUGCAAAUGAAUAGUAUAUGCAUCGUUUUUGGACACG